AGAAUUUGCCGUUCCGCGCGCGGCAGGGCUGGACAGCAAGCGCACAGGCCACUGACCGCCGUGGGAGCCGGGGAGAGUGACUGCGGCUAGCGGGCGACGACGCCGGAGGGAAGCAACGACUGCAGUACCUGUGAUAUCGCUUUACGCGCCUCGAUCCGCCGUUCUUGACGCCCACCUCCGACCAGCCCGCCAGUCUACCCCGGAACAUCAAACCGCCAAAAUGUCCAUGUUUCGUGCCAAGAAGCUCGACCUCGGGUGCUUCACCAACGUCCGGGUCCUUCGUGACCACUCCAAGCGCAAGGCCUUUUUGGAGGCCGAGCCUGAGAGACAAGCCCUGCGCUACGUUAUCCGCAACACCACCCUCCCUGCCCGUACCAGGGCCGUCGCCCAGCUCCAGCUCACCCAGAUGCAUGCCUACACCAGGCCGACGCAGAUCCGGAACCGCUGCAUCCUUGGUGGAAAGAGUCGAGGUAUCUUGAGGGACUUCAAGAUGACAAGAUACAAUUUCCGGAUGAAUGCCCUGAUGGGUAACAUUCCGGGUGUCAAGAAGGCCUCUUGGUAAAAGAGAGCAUGGCUACAAGGAACCCAGAGGUUUGUUGUGGUUUGGAGAUGGUGUCGGUACGCCCAGAGGCGAAUAAACUCUUUUCAAAACCCAGAUGGGCUCGGGUCAUCGUGUUGGUAAGAAAGCAUCACUGUACGCAGGGUUUUUGAGAUACCCGUAUAAGUAAGUGAUCGCACGAUGAGGAGUGCUUCAAAAGCUUUUUAGUGGGCAGAGGGAGGUUGUAUGAUGCAUCCUUUUGGACAUGGGAAUCUCUCUCCCGAUGCCCGCUGUGUAGAAUUGUUGUUACAAUAUUAUAUUCAGACACGGCAAAUGAAUGAAUGUCUUUUUCAAAGU